UUUCAAAAAAUUAAGUCUUGUGACAAGUGAAGGAGUUGCCUCUCAGAAAACCUACCAAUCGUGCUGGUGUGAAUGUUCCAGCUGGCUUCUAACAGGCGUUACUACUGGCUGGAAAUGGGUUCUCAUUGGCUGGCGCGAUUGAUCAAGAGGACAGCAUGGCCGCCACUGCAGCAGUCAGUCCUAGUGAAUACCUGCAGCCUGCUGCCUCCACAGCACAGGACUCUCAGCCCUCUCCACUAGCCCUGCUUGCAGCAACAUGUAGUAAAAUCGGUCCUCCCGCCGUGGAAGCCGCCGUCACUCCUCCGGCCCCACCUCAGCCCACACCUCGAAAACUUGUCCCCAUCAAACCCGCACCAGUUCCUCUGGGUUCCAGUAAAAACAGCUUUGGGAUCUUGUCGUCGAAAGGGAACCUCUUCCAGAUCCAGGGGUCUCAGCUUGGGACAUCCUAUCCUGGGGGGCAGCUGGUUUUUGCCAUUCAGAAUCCAACCAUGAUCAACAAAGGGGCCCGCUCGUCGACGAACAUCCAGUACCAGACUGUCCCACAGAUUCAAGCAGCAGGGGGGCAGACCAUACAAGUUCAGCAGAACCUCGCCAAUCAGAUUCAGAUUAUUCCCGGCACUAACCAAGCGAUCAUUACCCCCUCCUCUUCCACGCACAAGCCUGUGCCAAUCAAGCCGGCUCCCGCGCACAAGGCUGGGGCAUCGUCUGUGCAGAGUGCAAGCAACGUCGUCAAACUGACCGGUGGCAGCAACGUAACACUCACCCUGCCGGUUAAUAACCUGGUGAACGCCGCUGAGCCCGGCGCUCAGGCUCAGAUCAUAACCGAGAGCCCGUCAAAGCCCUGUAAAAAGACUAGAAAGAAGGCCAUGUCACCAGCCCAGACGACAGCCAUGGCGGUGGCCGAGCAAGUAGAAACGGUGUUGAUAGAGACUACGGCAGAUAACAUCAUCCAGGCAGGAAAUAACCUGCUGAUAGUGCAGAGUCCUGGCUCGGGCCAGCCAGCGGUGGUGCAGCAGGUCCAGGUGGUCCAACCCAAGCAAGAGCAGCAGGUGGUACAGAUUCCCCAGCAGGCCCUGAGAGUGGUCCAGGCGGCCUCUGCCACUCUCCCUACCGUCCCCCAGAAGUCCUCUCAGAACUUUCAGAUCCAGGCAGCUGAGCCAACUCCUACGCAGGUCUACUUCAAAACACCUUCAGGGGAGCUGCAGACCGUGCUGCUUCAGGAAGCCCCAGCUGUGACAGUGGCCCCUUCUCCCACCUCGUGCAGCAGCCCCGUGUCCCGCAGCUCCCAAGCAGGAGGAAGCUGCAAAAAGCCAGCCGCACGCAAAGAGCGCCCCCUGCCAAAGAUCGCCCCUGCCGGAGGCAUCAUCAGCUUGAACGCGGCUCAACUGGCAGCCGCGGCCCAGGCGAUGCAGACCAUCAACAUUAACGGUGUCCAAGUCCAAGGAGUACCUGUCACCAUCACCAACACCGGAGGCCAGCAGCAGCUGACGGUCCAAAACGUGUCUGGCAACAACCUGACCAUCAGCGGCCUGAGCCCAACCCAGAUCCAGCUGCAGAUGGAGCAGGCGCUGUCCGGGGAGAUCCAGCCUGGGGAGAAGAGGCGGCGCAUGGCGUGCACCUGCCCCAACUGCAAGGACGGGGAGAAAAGGUCAGGGGAUCAGGGGAAGAAGAAGCACAUUUGCCACAUCCCUGAGUGCGGCAAGACGUUCCGCAAGACCUCGCUGCUGCGGGCCCACGUCCGCCUGCACACGGGCGAGCGCCCGUUCGUCUGCAACUGGGUCUUCUGCGGGAAGAGGUUCACGCGCAGCGACGAGCUGCAGCGGCACGCCCGGACGCACACAGGUGAUAAGCGUUUUGAGUGUGCGCAGUGCCAAAAGCGCUUCAUGAGAAGUGACCACCUGACGAAGCACUAUAAAACCCACCUGGUCACCAAGAACUUGUAGGCUUAGCGGCAGCCAGACGGGGGCCGCCAGCUGGGCCUCUAAGCACUGGCUAAGGCCCGCACUGUCAUGGACAGUCCCUGGCAAGGGUACGGCGUAGGGGUUGGGCAGACGGCCAGCCUGGGACUCUGCAGCCGUAGUCGCGCUCCUGGCUUUGAUACCCUCCCAGAGGCGUCUGCGCGGGGAGAGGAGUCAUUGCUGAUCUUCCUUCCUUGGAAGCCAUCCGCCUUCCAGCACAAUCCUUGGGAAUCCAGCUCCUUCCUCCGCAGAGCGCGACAUUGAUCGCACGGGCCGGGACGAAGGAGAAGCCCUUGUUUCCAAAGGAAAAUGCUGACAUGGGUGCGAGCGGCAGCCCCUCCUCGCUGCACCGCAGGCUGGGGGGACUGAAGAAGCAGGGCCGUGCCAACCUCGUGUAAACGGCACAAGGAUGCCAGCGAAACUUUCUCACGGUGGGCCCCCUCCUCCCCGCGCUUGUGAAGCUUUGACACAGCAGGGGGCAGCACUCCACAGACAGCCCACCCGGCGCUCUGCGGCACAUUCCUACUUUAUAUUUAAAAUCUAUAAAUAUCUAUAAAUAUCUCUCUAUAUAAACUCCUUUGGAAGGUUCUUUUUUUCUAUGGAAAUUGUUGCCUUACGCUCCCAGCUCCCGAGUAUGAACAUUGUGUAUCGUGAGUGCUUUUUUUUUUUUUUUAUUUAAUUGUGCCCGGUUAAUAAUCUCCCCUCCCAAUCCUUUUCCCUCCAAAGUUCUUUUCCAAUAAUGAAUUGAAGAGGGUUUUUUCUCUCCACUGAUUUAUUUUUCCUUUUCAUUUCCCAUUGACGCGGCGUUUCCUUUUGAAUCUUGGAUCUUUAAAUCCUCUUUUGCCCAUAAUACCUACCCCGCCCACCUCCCCGCAGCCCAUCACUGUGUAUAGUGUAUAUUGUAUCAUAGACUAUAUUGCUUCCGUGUUUACUACAUGUUUCAAAAACAUAUGGCUUGUUAUUUUUGAGCUUUUAAAUUAAAAAAAAAAAAUCCACUUUAUUUUUUAGGUGUAACUGCUUGAGGUAUGUUUUAUGAAUUAAGUGACAGAUCUGUUAUUCUUUAUUAACGAUGUAACUGGCUGGCUGGUGCAGAGUCAGCCAAGAGUUUUUUCUUGCUAAAUAAAUUUAGUCGCCAGAGGCAAACCCA